CUUCCCUUAAAUAAAGAAAAAGAUAUUAACUUUAAUUAAGACAAGACAUUGUUUGUUCAUUGUCAAUUUGCCAUGUGAAGAGAGAGGAACUCUUCAUUUAAUAAUGCAUUUAUGUGGUAGAAAAUGAUUUGUUUAUCUUUAUUUUUUAUUCUUGGGUAAGUAGGAAAUGGGCAUCUAUGAGGAAGAACAUACAAGAACAGCUCAAAACAUUUCAAUGGGGGCAUUGACCUUAGUUGCUCCAUCCAUACAUUUAUUAACUUUACGCUCUCCUUCAAAUCUGUUUGAUACCAGCUAGCGUGAACUGGUGGUCUGUCCCCCAUCCAUAAAUUUAUGAUGAGUAAAAUUUGUUGAACAGUUGCCUUUAAUCCUUUGUAUCUGGUACUCUUACUAUUUCUCUGUAGUCAUCUUGACCAAAUUAUUGAAUACAUAUAUUCAAAGAUCAAACUGCUAGCCUACUAGCUCUAGUCGUGAUUGACGGGAUAAAGCAGUGUGAUUUGAGGCACCCCCGGCUUCCGCGUCUUCAAAUGCUUCCUGUGAAAAAAAAAUCUAUGUCAAACUUGAAAUUUACCUGUAAAAAGGGUACUUUUCAGACCGAGCAAACAUACACAUCUGGUUAUUUUUGUGAAAUUGCUCGAUCCCUUCAACCUCUGUGGUUCCACGCCGUCAAUUUCCCGUUCUCCACCGAUCUACUGUCAGCGGUCGUCAACUAACGACGUCAACUCUGCUCCUCUGUACGUCUCUCAAAGCCGCGUAGAAGCGGGUCCCGGUUGGGAUCGUCGGCCCCAGCAGAGCAAAGCAACCAUCUCCUUUGCCCAAGCUUGAAUAUAUCCGCCCCAGCCUCGGUCUGAAAAGAUAUAAACAUUUAAAAAGCUCAGUUGCAGGGACUCUCAUGGCGUUUUCUGCUAUUAUAUUCCAACAGCUAGAUUAUUAGAUACUGAGCAUCAAAUCGAUCCACUCACAAAAUUUAUGCGCACAACAGCUGUUGUAACGGGAAGGCGGUUGAACUCGUAGCUUCCUAUCUUUUUUCAUAUUGUGGGUCCUCCUCCUCCUCCUCUGCUCUGUGAACGACAGCUUAAUCACCAGCCUGGAAGGAGCUGGUCAAGUUGCACUAAAAAGCAAUGGCUGAUCAAGAUUCAUGGUUGCAUUGAUGUAAUCUGAACUGGGGUUCCUCUCUCCUGUUCAUACCCAGUUCACUGAAUGCUAGAGCUCAGGCAUUCGGUUUAGCUCGCUGGGUAAGGUAAGGCUACUGGGAAAACUUUGAUCUUUGUCUGUCCCAAAUUUCGGGUCUACAUUUGAGCAUAGUUGUUACUAUCUGUCUUCGUCUAUACCAUUUUAUAAGUUAAGCAACUCCAAUUAUUUUGUGAUUUUGUGAUAGUUGAUGUUUGUGUUGGGCAUUGGGCAUUAUUUACCCAGAUCUGAGGGCGAGUAUUCAGCAAUAGGGGUUUUGGGGUUUGUGUCAUUGUUCCAUUUGGGAUUUUGAGAGCUUAAUUGUUGUCAAUUUGGGGGUUUGGGGAAUCACAGAUCUUGGUGGAUUGGGAAUUUGGGAGCUAGUCUCUGCUUCUAGCUCGGGGUUCAAUUAUAUCAAUAUUUAGUUUGAAUGGUUUGGGAAUUGGGUCGGUAAGGAGGCGGGCAUUUUCUGUUCUUUGUGUUUUUGAGUGUUUGGAACUUUGGAACAUCAGAAGUGGUAAGGAUGAAGCUAUCGACGUGGGUUCCUCUACUUUUAGCUGCUGUUGUGUUUAGGUUCAUGGUUCAUACGUCAUAUGCCUCAUUUACUCCUGUUGAUAACUAUUUGAUUGCCUGUGGAUCCUCACAAAGUGUGACCUUUGAAGGCCGAACUUUCGUUCCUGAUUCAGGGCUGUCUUCAGUAGUAUUGAAAGGUCAAGGGAAUUCUGUUCCUGCUACCACCAAUUCCAGUGUCCCAUAUCCAAUCCAUCGAUCCAUUCGGAUUUUCCCAAGAACAGCUUCAUACAAAUUUGAAAUCAAGCAAGAAGGCCGGCACUGGGUUCGCCUCCAUUUUUUCCCUUUCCCGAACGCAGGCCAAAACUUAACAAAAGCCCCAAUAACUGUUGUAACCGAAAACUUUGUGCUCUUGAACAACUCUACUUUCAAGAACUACAAUGGUUCUUAUUUGUUUAAGGAGUAUGCAAUAAAUGUGACUUCGGAUACCUUGACCCUCACUUUCAUUCCUUCAAAUGGUUCAGUUGCAUUUGUUAAUGCAAUUGAAGUUGUCUCUAUCCCGGAUAAAUUGUUCCCUGACCAGGCUCUGGCUUUAUCUCCAUCUGCUGCUUUUAAUGGCCUUUCAGAACAUGCCCUUGAAACUGUUUACCGGUUAAAUAUGGGCGGUCCAUUGCUCACUGCUCAGAAUGAUACUCUUGGAAGAAUGUGGGAGAAUGAUAGGAAGUACCUCCAUGUGAAUAGCUCUGCUGUGAAUGUUUCAGUUGACCCUGCAAGCAUAAAUUAUCAGGUUGAGGUCACACCUGAAACGGCACCAAAUUUUGUUUAUGCUACUGCUGAAGCCAUGGCGAAUGCAAAUGUAGCUAAUUUGAACUUCAACAUAACAUGGGUCUUCCGUGUCAAUCCGAACUUCACAUAUUUUGUUCGGGCACAUUUCUGUGAUGUUGUGAGCAAGUCUCUAAACACUCUUGUCUUCAAUUUUUUCAUAAAUUCCAAUAUUGCUAUGGCAAGUUUUGAUAUCUCUUCAACAACUGGUGGCUUGAGAGUGCCUUUUUACAAAGAUUUUGUCUCCAACUCCUCAGCAGAUUCAGAUACUUUGACUGUCAGUGUUGGUCCAGAUCCAGUGGCUGACAUCCCUAAUGCAAUUAUGAAUGGUUUAGAGAUAGUGAAGAUCAGCAAUGAAGCUAGAAGCUUGGAUGGGCUUUCUUCAGUUGAGAGUCUCCUUCCUAAAUCACCUUCCAAAAUCAACAAGACCGCAAUCAUAAUUGGUUCUGUUGUGGCAGUUUUUGCUGUGAUGACCUUUAUGGGUUUGUGUUAUUGCUUCUUGGUGGCUCGCAGGUCGAAGACAACUCACCAGGGGCAUCCUUGGCUGCCUCUGCCCUUAUAUGGAAACUCUCAGACCAUGACAAAAAUGUCCACUACUUCUCAAAAGAGCGGAACAGCUAGCUGCAUCUCAUUAGCAUCCACCAAUCUUGGACGGUUCUUCAUGUUCCAAGAAAUCUUGGAUGCAACUAACAAAUUUGAUGAAAGCCUGCUUCUCGGGGUUGGGGGUUUUGGUAGGGUCUACAAAGGAACCCUUGAAGAUGGGACUAAAGUAGCAGUCAAAAGAGGAAAUCCGAGAUCAGAGCAAGGCCUUGCUGAAUUCCGAACUGAGAUUGAAAUGUUGUCCAAGCUACGGCACCGUCACCUUGUCUCUCUUAUUGGCUACUGUGAUGAACGGUCAGAAAUGAUUCUGGUUUAUGAAUUCAUGGCCAAUGGACCCCUCAGGAGCCAUCUUUAUGGAACAGAUCUGCCACCUCUCUCAUGGAAGCAGCGACUUGAAAUUUGCAUUGGGGCUGCAAGAGGGCUUCAUUAUCUCCACACUGGAGCAGCUCAAAGCAUCAUUCACCGAGAUGUGAAGACGACAAAUAUUCUACUGGAUGAUAACUUUGUGGCAAAAGUUGCUGACUUUGGUCUCUCAAAAACAGGUCCAGCUCUGGAUCAGACCCAUGUUAGUACUGCUGUGAAGGGUAGUUUUGGAUACCUUGAUCCUGAAUACUUCAGAAGGCAACAGCUCACUGAGAAAUCAGACGUGUAUUCAUUUGGAGUGGUUCUAAUGGAAGUUCUCUGCACUAGGCCAGCAUUAAACCCUGUCCUUCCAAGGGAGCAAGUUAACAUAGCAGAAUGGGCAAUGAGCUGGCAGAAGAAGGGCAUGUUGGAUCAAAUCAUGGAUGCAAACUUGGUGGGGAAGGUGAAUCCAGCAUCUCUUAAGAAGUUCGGAGAAACGGCGGAGAAGUGCCUGGCUGAGCAUGGGGUUGACAGGCCAUCAAUGGGGGAUGUCUUAUGGAAUCUAGAGUAUGCACUCCAGCUUGAGGAGACCUCAUCGGCUCUAAUGGAACCUGACGAGAACAGCACAAAUCAUAUCCAAGGCAUACAGCUGACGCCCCUUGAACCAUUUGAUAACAGUGUUAGUAUGAUUGAUGGAGUGAACUCUUGCACAGACGAUGAUGCAGAAGAUGCUGCUACCAGUGCUGUUUUCUCUCAGCUAGUAAAUCCUCGUGGAAGAUAAGAAGAAAAAAUCCUAGCAUCCUAGCUUCUGGACGACCCAUAAAAAAAUUUGGUCAUCGCCUGGAGACACUUGGAUUGAGUGAAAUGCUGAAGGUUUAUUCUUAUUUCAUUAUCGUGGUUCUUUUCCUCAUUUUUUUUUUCUGCGGAUGAUUUAUUUUUGGCUUGUAAUAUAAUUGAUUUAUGGAUGCCAAUGCUUCCAUCAUAAACAAUGCCUAAGUUAUGAGAUAGAUUCUACUAUUGUAUGUGUUGAUUUUAAUUAAUAUGAGUUCCAGCUCCCCGCAUUGCAUACA